AUGCCGCCUGCGGCUAUGCUUCUACCACUCAUAGAUAUCCGCAAUCGCCUGACAUCUUCCAAUUAUGCCUUUGCAGGGUGGCGCACAAAUCACGUGUUUAAUUCUCUGACUGGGGUUGUUCAAUUUGUACAUCGUGGUGCAACUCUUAGACGCAGCUUUGAUCGGUGUGACGUUCGUGUUAGUUUUGGCUUUGGCACUGAUACUCAGACUGUUGGCAUAUAUGCUUAUGAUCAAUGCGCUGCUAUUCUUGAGACUGCCCGGGUUAAUGAGAUCUGCACAUUUACCGCACUUACGGUGGUGGAACAAGGGGACAAUAGAGGACGGUGGACGGGCACCGUACCUUUUGUUUUGCGAUUUACACGUGCGUCAGCAUUUGCUAUUACUGGGCCAAACAACAACAACAACGUAAAUAACAACAAUAAUAAUUUGCAGCAAGCUCCCGCUGAUAACAACAACAACAUUCCUAUUGGUAAUAAGAAUAAUAAUAAUAAUCUAAAAAAAAUAUAUUCGGUUAAUUUUUAGUUGGAAAUGUGGCCAAUCACAGAGAGAUGCAGGGAACAAAUGGCGGCACGGCAAACAAUGUACUUCCUAUUG